AUGGCUGCAACAAUUUCCAUGCAAUCAAUCUUUACAAGUUCUGUAGCUUAUGGAAUUGGUAAGAGCAGAGUGAACCAGCUGAUUGUUCCUGCUAACUAUGCACCAAUUAAUCUGCGUAAGCAUGCUCACAUGAGAGUAAUCGCAAUGGCCAAGGAUGAACAGAAGGAGCAACCAACCACUGUUACAGAUGCAUCAGAAAAUUCAGAGCCAGCUCCUUCAUCACCUUUACCUCCUCCUCCUCCUAAGGUCAGCCCGAAGUUUUCAGACGUGCUUGCAUUUAGUGGGCCAGCACCGGAGAGAAUCAACGGCAGGCUAGCAAUGGUGGGAUUCGUUGCAGCUCUAGCAGCGGAGCUAUCCAAGGGCCAAAAUGUGUUUGCUCAGAUAUCCAAAGGUUCAGGGAUCCCAUUGUUCCUCGGCACCAGCAUUUUGCUGUCGGUGGCAUCCUUGGUUCCUCUAUUCAAAGGGGUGAGUGUGGAGUCCAAAUCAGAGGGGCUCAUGACUUCAGAUGCUGAGUUGUGGAAUGGAAGGCCGGCAAUGUUAGGACUAGUAGCCUUGGCCUUCACUUAG